UCAGUCAAAUAAUUAAAUGAAAGCGAAAUUGCAGGCAAACGAGCCGUACGAACGUACAAAACGUUCAACAAAAUUCCCAAAACAUUUUUCCCGUUUUUUAGUCGACAAAAGAAAUUCCGCCAUUCUCUUCCGUCAUCCUCCUGUAAUCCACCAAAAUUGCUGUAUUUUCUCCUUCGCAUUUUGAUUGAGGUGGUAGAAGGUCGUGUUGAUGUCAUGGAUAAGAUCGGCGAUGAACAAAGCUGCCGAAGUACCCGGCGGCGCCAUAUUAAAAGCCGCUGUCCGUACUUACGCCGAUUCCUUCGUCCAACACGCCGGCUAUUCUGUUUCCGGUGCCGCCAGAAUAUUUCAAGAUCGCAUUGCUUCUCGGAACAUGAAAAGCUUUAGUGAAGCAGCUAGAAGGCUUGAAGAAGCUUCUGUUUCCUGUAAAGGGGAAGAUAGAGUUCAGUUGCUAAGAAGGUGGUUAGUUUCUCUAAGAGAAUUUGAAAAACUAGAUGGAAGUCUUGUUGAGAUUGAUGGGAAAAGUUCUGAGGAUCCUAGUUCACCAAGUGAUAAGAAUGUUACCCCUGGAAAAUCAACUAUGAUUCUGUAUUAUGACCCUGAUCUUGGUAGCUCACCUAUGAAUUUCCGUGAUGUUUUUCUUCAGAGUCAAGCUCUUGAAGGCAUGACAGUGUCUAUGCUAGACAAUUCAAUGAUGGUUUUAGAGAAGGCUUCUUGUGGUGCCUUCAUUUUAACCGCAGGUUCACUCUUUUGUCUGAAUCAGAUUCUUGGAGCACCAAAUGAGGAGGAAAUUUUGUUAAUUCACGAAAUCUUCGGGUUGUGUCUAGCAGGAGGGAGGGAAGUCCAUGAUGUAGUUGUGAAAAAUAUUCAAGAUCUGGCAAAAGCAUUCUCACUUUAUGAUGUUGAAAUGCUGGUAAGAAGGGAAGAAUUACUUCAGUUUGCUCAAACUGCAAUCACUGGGCUUAAAGAAACUGGUGACAUAGCACGAAUAGAUUUUGAAAUCUCACAAAUACAUCAACGAUUGAAUAGCAUGAAAUGCCAACAAUCUGCACAUGAAGGCACUGAGAAUUCUUCUGAGGCAACAAGCACUGGAUCAUUAAUGGAAAUAGAAGAACCUGUUACACAUAUUCAGUUGUGCUGCAGAUUGAAGUCACUUUUACUGAAGAAACGAUUGUUGAGAUACGGGGAUACAAUAGAGACUCAUGCUCAGAAAGUUGAUAUAUUAAAAGUUCUAGUAGAAUCUCUUCAUAACUCGGCCUCCAAAACAGAAAAGCGAAUUUUGGAGCAGAGGGAAGAGAAAAACGAAGCCCUUACUUUUCGUGUAGCUAGAAGCAAUGAAGUCAGCCAAAUUGAGAAGGAGUUGGGAGCUGAAAUUAGUGAGCUUGAAAAGCAAAGAGACAAAAUUGAAGCUGAAUUGAGAGAGGUUAAUAGCACAUUGUCUGUUGCAUAUGCUCGUCUCCAACAUGCCAGGGAAGAAAGGUUCCAGUUUGAUGAAGAUAACAAUGAUUUUAUUCUACUCUUAAAGGAAAAGGAAGACGAACUCUCAAAUACAAUUGUUUCAUAUAGAGCAGAAGCAGAUACUUGUCAUGCAUUUGUUAACUUUCUAGAAGCUACUUGGGCUUUCCAGUCCUCAUAUGUGGAAGAAAGGGACAAACUGGUCAAUGAUCAAUUGCAGGAUCAUGAAGUAUAUUUUGUAAAUACAACUAUUAGUUUCUUAUCUGCUUACAAGGAUCAACUGCCACCUGCUAUUGCCAAUGUGAGGAAACUUGAGGAGAGCUUGAAAGGGUUUCGGAAAAUAAUCGAUCCAGAUGAGGAGUUCUUGCAAGAUAUCAAGAAAAGGGAAAAUGUUGAGCAGGAAUAUCUUGAUGCAGAAGUCAAGGUUAUAAACAUCUUUGAUGCAGUGGAAAGCAUUAAAGACCAUUUCUACACUACAAUCGAUGACCCUUCUAGGAAAGGUGUUGAAGUGAUCACGGAGUUAUUAGAAGCAAUUGAAAAGUUAAAAAUCGACUUCAAAAUCAUAAAAAGACCAAAUCUAAGUAUUGAGAAAGUAACCGAGGGUGAGCACACCCCAUCAACAGGAGGUCCUGAAGGAGUUAUGGUUCCACCUCCUAUACGUGUCAUGCCAGAUUUUAAAUCCAUUUUUGCUCAGAAAUUGUUAAUCAAAUCUCCUAGACAAAAACCAUAUAUACCCUUAGGCGCCUCCCCAGAAAACUCUCCUUUUUCAACCAAUGAAAGAAAAACAUUUGAGUAUCAGACUGAAAAAGAUGCAUCAAAUCCCGCUUUGGUCUUUGACGACGAAACCUUACACCAAAAAUCAACAGUAAAAAGUGAUCAAGAACGCCUUACGUUAGACUCUAGCGAUGAAAUACCAAAAAUACCCUUGACAGAUCAAGAAUCCGGUGAAACAUCUCAGUUUUCGUUAGGUGAUGACUUGGAGUCUCUAGACUCUAAUGAGGAAAUGCCAAAACCGACCUCAAGAAUUGAGAAAGAGAUGUCGACCAACUAAAUGAUUUGAUAGAUGAGGACUUUUUGUCGGUAAAAAUGACAAAAUUGCCCCUGGUAAGUUGAAAAACUUUUGAAGAUAGACAAAAUUGCAAGAAUAGUCCCUGUGGUUAGGUGGAAAUUGUCACUUUGGGCCAAACAGGUUUUGACUAGCACUAAUGGUCCAAAAGUUUCCAUUUUGUUGUGAGUUUGGUCCAAAACGAUUUAAAAUGACGAAUUUGCCCCUUUCUAUUUUGUUUUUUGCUUUUCUUUUUGUUAUUUAAUUAUUUUCCAAACAAAAAAAUAAAAAAUAAAAAGAAAGGAAUCUCUCUCUCUCUCUCUCUCUCUCUCUCUCUCUCUCUCUCUCUCUCUCUCUCUCUCUCUCUCUCUCUCUCCAGUUUAAAGAACGUCACCGUCCUCACCCGUCCCCCAACCUUCACUCCCGCUGGGAAGCUUGAACACUACCGCCGGAAAAAGAUAAACGACACCAUAUUGAAGCUCUGGCAGGAAAACCCUAACCCUAAAACUUUCAGGUGGUGGCAUACAUAUCGAAAUUAAGGUUUCUAGCAGCGGCGACCUUUAAAAACCCUAAGAUUUACAGAAAAGAGAAUGGCGAUAACCUCUAAAAACCAUAGGGUCUCCUUCUUUCCUUCUUCAAACUCGAUUGAAGCUCACCCGAGGGUCAUUUGGCGUUCUUUCCUUCUUCAAACUCGAUUAAAGCUCACCUGAGGGUAAUUUGACAGAGCCACGAGAGUCGAGAGACAGUGGGGAUGGUUGGAAAUGGUGGUGAAGAGGGGUGGCAGUAGGUGUUUUCAGGGGUUGUUGAUGGUUUGGUCUUCAUCGUUGUGCUUUGGUCUGUAAAGAUGAAGCUCUUUGAUUCUCAGGAGAAGGCGGAUCUGAAACCCCCAUUUACAAACCUUCGUUUCAGAGUUAGAGCAACAAUUAGGGUUCUCCCCUCUCUAUCUCACAGAAGCUUGUCUGAAAACCAUUGGAUCUUGCUGAGAUACAGAUUAAUGGGCAAAGUUGCUUUUGAUAAUGGAGAUUACAAUUAGGGUUUCUUUUUUCUGCAUAUCCUUAAGAAGAAGAGGACGAUGAAGAUAUGGGGUCUGCAAUGAAGAGAGAGAGAGAGAGAGAGAGAGAGAGAGAGAGAGAGAGAGAGAGAGAGAAAGAGAGAGACGGGUGGGAGAGAGAAUUUAAGAGAGAGAGGGAUUUUUUUUUCUUUUUCUUUUAAUUAUGAAAGUAUUUAAAUAAAUAAAUAAACUAAAAAAAUAAAAACAAAGGGCAAAAUGGUCAUUAUAAAAGAAUUUAAAGUAAAUUGGACCAAAGUGGCAAGAAAAUGAAUACCUGUGGACCAUGAGUGCUAGUCCAUACCUGUUUGGCCCAAAGUGGCAAUUUCAACCUAACCACAGGGACCAUUCUUGCAAUUUUGUCUUGAAGAUAUGUAUGCAUGUUAAUUAAUUAAUUAAUUAAUUAGCAUCUCUGUUGAUUUCGAUAAGCGCACAGGGGAGGGUGCUAGCUUUGAAAGUAAUUAAGGAAUGCAAAGCUUGUGAAUAACAUACAUACACAAGGUAUACCUUAACAUUUUACAUCAGAUAUUAAAAGAAAUUCAUUUUCAUUUUGUUUGUUAUAUAUAUAGUCAGGCUUAAAGUUUUGAGUUUUCAGAUUAAUUAUUGCCAAGUGUGCAUUUGUUCUGAAUAAUAUGUAAAUGAAAUGUUUUCAAUAUAUUAUAUAGCAAAAGAACAUCAUUCGUUUAGUGUUGUAAAAUGAAACUAGGGUUUGACCGUCCGCGCGAUGCUGCAGAAGUCUCAGUAUGUUCAAAAAUGCAGAUCGAUACCAUACAUACCACAGAGACGAUUAAACCAUAUAAAGUGGAGCAUAAAAGUAUAAAAAUAAAACUUGGAUACAAAUAAUUAUGUACGUAGGAGGCGGACAAAAAUAAGACUUGAAAUUGUAUCAUAAAU